GAAAUGAAAGACGCUCGUAUUUUGGUGACAACCGGAAGUAUUGAGAAGAAAAACGUGCAGCCCGUGGAAAACACUCGAGGAAACCCUGUGCGCGGAGGCCUGCGGCGGCGCCAUUUUUUCGUCCCGACCGAAGAAAGAAGCUGCGAGUAGCGGUCAAGCUUCAUUCUCGCAAAUUUCAUUUUCCACGUUCGUCAAGCAAGCGCUCCCAGGCCUUUCGGCGGAUCUGCAUCAUUUCGUACGCCUCUGAUUUCCGGGGACAUGGCCACCGAUCACGUCAACGGGAACGGGACGGAGGAACCGAUGGACACGACGGCAGCUGUCUUGCGCUCGACACACUUCCAGUCGCUACUGGAGGCCGAGUUACCUCAGAAAGUGGCGGAGAAGCUCGACGAGCUCUACAUCGCAGGUCUGGUAGCACACAGUGACCUGGAUGAAAGAGCAAUCGAGGCUCUCAAGGAGUUCAACGAGGAGGGAGCCCUCCAGGUUCUGCUGCAGUUCAAAGAGAGCAACCUGUCCCACGUUCAGAACAAAAGUGCCUACCUGUGCGGCGUAAUGAAGACGUACAGGCAGCGCGAGAAACAAGGGGCCAAGGUCGCCGACGCCACCAAAGGACCGGACGAGGCCAAAAUCAAAGAACUCUUGGAUAGAACCAAGUACACCCUCGACGUCACGACGGGUCAAAGGAAGUAUGGCGGCCCCCCGCCCGAGUCGGUUUACAUGGGCAUUCAACCCACCGUGGGAACAGAGAUCUUUGUGGGCAAGAUUCCCCGUGACCUGUUUGAAGAUGAGUUGGUUCCUCUCUUUGAGAAGGCGGGGCCUAUCUGGGACCUUCGCCUCAUGAUGGACCCUCUGAGCGGCCUGAACAGAGGCUACGCCUUCAUCACCUUCUGCACCAAGGAGGCUGCGCAGGAGGCCGUCAAGCUGUGCAACAAUCGCGAGAUCCGUCCCGGAAAGCACAUCGGCGUGUGCAUCUCUGUGGCCAACAACCGUCUGUUUGUGGGCUCCAUCCCCAAAAACAAAACCAAAGAGCAGAUAGAAGAAGAGUUCUCCAAAGUCACAGAGGGCCUCAGCGACGUCAUCCUGUACCAUCAGCCCGACGACAGGAAGAAGAACCGAGGUUUCUGCUUCUUGGAAUACGAAGAUCAUAAAACUGCAGCUCAGGCGCGCCGCCGCCUGAUGAGCGGCAAGGUGAAGGUUUGGAACAAUGUGGUGACGGUGGAGUGGGCGGACCCCAUCGAGGACCCGGACCCCGAAGUCAUGGCUAAGGUGAAAGUGCUGUUCGUACGCAAUCUGGCCAACAGCGUCACCGAAGAGAUCCUGGAGACGAGCUUCAGCCAGUUUGGAAAAGUGGACAGAGUGAAGAAGCUCAAAGACUACGCCUUUGUCCACUUUGAAGAGCGCGACGGCGCCGUCAAGGCGCUGACUGAGAUGAACGGCAAAGAGCUGGAAGGCGAGCCUGUCGAAAUCGUCUUUGCCAAGCCGCCCGAUCAAAAAAGGAAGGAACGCAAAGCUCAGCGACAAGCAGCCAAGACUCAAAUGUAUGACGACUAUUACUAUUACUCUCCCCCACAACACAUGCCGCCUCCCAGUCGGGGGAGGGCUCGAGCCGGGAGCCGCGGUGGCGGCGGCGGCGGCGGCGGCUACUCGUACACCCCCGAUUACUACAGCUACGAGGACUACUACGACUACUACGGCUACGACUACAAUUACCGCGGCGGCUACGACGACCUCUACUACGGCUACGAUGACUUCCAGACGCCCGCCCGGGGCCGCGGCAGCAGGGGCGCCAGGGGCGGCGCCUCCCCGGGCCGAGGGCGCGGCGGAACCGGCCCGUCGCGAGGCCGGGCCGGCUUCUCUCAGCGCGGCGGGCCGGGACCCGGAGCGGCCCGCGGAGGGCGCGGCGGCGCCAGAGGCUCGGUGCAAGCGCGAGGGCGAGGAGGGGUACGUGGUGCGCGGGGCGUCCGCGGUGCAAAUGUAGGAGGAGCGAAGCGCAAGGCCGACGGGUACAACCAACCCGAUUCCAAGCGGCGCCAGACCAAUAAUCACAACUGGGGCUCCCAGCCCAUCGCUCAGCAACCGCUCCAAGGCGGCGACCACGCUAACUAUUCCGGCUACAAAUCUGACAGCCAGGAAUUUUAUCAGGAUUCUUUCGGGCAGCAGUGGAAGUAGACCAGCGCUAGGCUUUUUCUUUGGCUUUCUUCGCAUCCUUACAGACUUGAUUCCAUUGGUUCCAAAUUGGUGACAUUCUGGCAAGAGAUUUUUGUACAUAUUUUAAUAUUCCACAGUAGUCCCACUCGGUGUUGUUUUCUUUUUUUAAAUGCUUCGUAUUAGGUGUUCAUUUGGCUUCCAGCAUUUGUUUUGUUUUUACACCCUCUGCCUGCCAUGUUUUACUGAAAUUGAAAUUACAAUUUGUACUGUCACUAAGUAAAAUGCGUGUCAUGUUGUUGGGAGGAAAAGAAAAAGAGAAAAAAAAAGAAAAAAAAAAGACAGAAAAGUUCCGUUGCGUGGUCCAGACUUUUGGCUUGUAUUCUUUGCUGUUUGUCUGCUUUAAUAAACGUGCACACAAACGUGCACAAAACCAA